CAAACAACUGUAAGGAAACCAAAAUCAAGUUGAAUAGCCAUGUCAAAACUCCCCCAAGAAAUCAUUGUUGAUAUUCUCACCUGUUUACCAGCCAAGUCCCUUAUAAGAUUCAAGUGUGUGUGCAGAUCAUGGCGGUUAUUAAUCUCCGAUCCUCAAUUUGCCAAGUUGCAUCUCAAAAGGGCACAUGAAGACGAGAACAUUAACCGUCAAAGGCUCCUCAUUGCUGCUGAUCCUCUUUAUUCUGUAGACUUUGAAGCAGCUAGUGAUGGUGAUAAUGGCAAUACAUUAGUUAAGCUUCCUUAUCCUAACGCAGAGAGUCAUAACGACUCCUUCGCUGUUGGAUUAUUUCUGGGAUCUUGUGAUGGCAUAGUAUGUAUACUUAAUGAAGUUGAUAGUGUGGUCUUAUGGAAUCCAUCAACUAGAGAGUCCAAGAAAUUGUCAGGACCAAGUUCUUCUCUGCACAAAGAUUUCUGGACUGGACUUGGUUAUGAUUCCUCUACUGAUGAUUACAAAAUGGUAAUUGCCUCUUCAGCUACUGCCAGUACUCGCUCUGAUCAAAUUAUGGUUGAAGUCUUCACAUUGAAAACCAAUACAUGGAGAACAGUUCAAGGCAGCCUUCCUGGUAUCACCUUGGGAAGUUACUAUGGAGAAUUUUGGAAUGGAGCUCUGCUUUGGCUAGGGAAGCAAGAAAGUGAUGCUGCUCAUCAUUUGGAUGUUAUUGUUCCAUUUGAUAUAGAAAAAGAGAAAUUCAUGGAGGCUUUGCCACUUCCAAAUCAUUUUUAUACAGCAGUUUUGAGCAUCUCAGGAAAUUGCUUAUGUGUUUUUGGCACACUACAACCAUCUGGAAGCUAUUUUGAAGCAUGGUUAGCAAGUGAAUACGGUGUCAAGACAUCAUGGAGAAGAUUGUUUGCCGUCCCAGUUGACAAACUAUGUCUAGAUUGUUAUUCAUCAGAGAUGUGGUUGACAAAGAAAGGGGAAGUUCUGUUAGACAAUCAUGGAAGUCCAGGGAUAUUGACACUGUACCACCCAGUAGAAGAUGCAAAAAAGUUAAUAAAGGUAGAGAAUGAUGGUGAUCCAUUUUAUGAAUCGGCAAUAUAUACAGAAAGUCUGGUUUCACUAUGCUAAUAUCAGAAUCUAGAAUCUUAAGAAUAUGAUCCAGCAAAAUAAAGUUAAGAACCAGACCUUUUCUAUUAAUUCCUUUUUGUUUUUGUUACAUUUUUGUCCUCCUCUUUUAUAGGUUAAUUAAUUUUAGAACACUGUUUCUUC